AUGCGGUCGACUAUGUUCCUCGCCGCUCUAACUACUCUCCUUUUUUCAUCUCUUGUUUCUGCUUCUUCCCAUCACCACAAGAGAUACUGUCACAGUGUAUGUAACUUUGACUCAGCAGAGAGUCCCCAGUGCUGGGACAGACACCAUUCUUUAGAAACGAACUGGUAUGAUAGUAUCCCGGACACAGGUGUAACGAGGGAGUACUGGCUCGAGAUCCAGAAUGGCACCGCUGCUAUCGAUGGUGUCGAGCGCGUGGUCUUGAUCGUGAACGGAUCAGUACCCGCACCGACCAUCUUCGCCAACUGGGGAGACCACCUGGUGAUUCAUGUUCACAAUGCUCUCGCCGACAAUGGGACCAGCCUGCACUGGCAUGGCCUGCGACAGAACUCCACCAACCAGCACGAUGGAGUAGCAUCCAUCACCCAAUGCCCCGUCGCGCCGGGAGACAGCAUCACGUACCGCUUCCGGGCCGAGCAGUACGGACACAGCUGGUACCACUCGCACUUCGCGCUACAGGCUUGGAACGGUGUGUUCGGAGGAAUCGUCAUCCACGGCCCAGCCUCAGCGCCGUACGACGAAGAUAUGGGAAUCCUGAUGCUGGGUGACUGGUUCCACAACACCACGGAUGCAUUGUGGGGCUCUGCGUCGACCGGUCUGCCGCCCCGGGCACAGAACGGUCUCAUCAACGGGACCAACGUCUAUGGCGACGGCGGAAAGAGGUUCGAGACCAAGUUCACAGCCGGCAAGCGUCACCGCAUCCGCCUUGUCAACACGGCCAUCGACACGUUCUUCAAGUUUAUGAUCGACAACCACAAGAUGACGGUUAUCGCCGCCGAUUUGGUACCCAUCAAGCCCUACACCACCGACGUCCUCAGCAUCGGUAUCGGCCAGCGGUACGAUGUCAUUGUCGAGGCUGACCAGGGCGAGGGUGACUUCUGGCUGCGCGCCUACCCCGACAUGGCGUGCAGUGCCGAGAACGAGAUGGUGAACGACAUCAAGGGUAUCGUGCGCUAUGAUGCUGCCUCGCAUACGGACCCAGCAUCCUCCGCAUAUCAGUACACCGAGGACUGCCACGACGAACCGAUGUCAAGCCUAGUCCCGUACGUAGCCAUCGACGCCCAGGCCCCGGCCGCAACCGAGAGUUUCAGCCUCGGCUACGCCGUCAACUCGCACGGCAUGUUCAAGUGGACGCUCGACGGCCAGGACUUCCUGUCGGACUGGGGCGUGCCGACACUGCAGCAGAGCCUGGCCGACGUGUCCGUCUUCGAGCAGGCGCAGAACGUCAUCCAGCUCAACGAGAAGAAUGCCUGGGUGUACUUCGUCAUUGAAAACGGCGCCAGUGCCCUCGGUCUAACACAUCCCAUUCAUCUUCAUGGACACGAUUUCUUCGUGCUCGCCCAGAAGGCAAACGCCAACUACACCAGCGACACGGCGCUGCAGCUGAAGAACCCGCCGCGCCGGGAUGUGGCUAUGCUGCCUGCGAAUGGAUAUUUGGUUCUCGGUUUCAUCACGGAUAACCCUGGCGUCUGGCUCAUGCACUGCCACAUCGGAUGGCACGCAUCACAGGGCUUUGCGCUGCAGAUAGUGGAGCGAGCGUCGGAGAUCCCGCCCAUGUGUGAUGCUGACAGCCUCGACUCGACGUGUGCGAACUGGAAGAAGUACGUGGAGGCCAAGGAGGUCGUUCAGGACGACUCGGGCAUAUAG